CAGCCGCUUGUUUCCGGGGGGCCUCCAUUGCGGGCGCGUCGGUGCGGGCACACGCGGACCGGGCGGCGGGACAGCGCAAGGCUGUGCUCUGUGUCACACAGAGGCAAUCUGUGCCAUACUGGUUGUGAAGAACUGUUGAAGGAGUGAGAUGGAGGAAAAAGAAAAGAAGAAACAUCGUGUGAAGCAUAGCGGGCCAAAGGCAGAGAAGAAAAGGAAACGUUAUCUCAAUGAGCUAGGAAUAGGAGACGAGGAGAAUGCACGGAAGAGAAACCCCAAAGCUUUUACGGUCCAGUCCGCUGUGCGGAUGGCCAGGACUUUCCAUAGAACUCAGGAUUUGAAGACUAAAAAACAUCACAUUCCUGUGGUUGACCGUACUCCUUUGGAGCCACCUCCUGUGGUGGUGGUUGUAGUUGGCCCUCCCAAGGUUGGGAAGAGCACUGUAAUAAAGUGUCUCAUUAAGAACUUCACAAGGCAAAAACUGGUUGAAAUCCGGGGUCCUGUUACAAUUGUUUCAGGUAAAAAACGCAGGCUAACUAUUAUUGAAUGUGGAUGUGACAUUAACACAAUGAUUGACCUGGCUAAAGUCGCUGAUUUGGUUCUGAUGCUUAUAGAUGCCAGCUUUGGAUUUGAGAUGGAAACGUUUGAAUUCCUGAAUAUUUGUCAGGUACAUGGCUUUCCCAAAAUUAUGGGAGUUCUGACCCACCUGGAUACAUUCAAGAACAACAAACAAUUGAAGAAGACUAAAAAGAAGUUAAAGCACAGAUUCUGGACUGAAGUGUAUCCGGGUGCUAAGCUGUUUUAUCUGUCUGGGAUGGUUCACGGAGAAUAUCAAAAGCAGGAAAUUCACAAUUUGGGGCGGUUUAUCUCGGUUAUGAAAUUCCGACCUCUUACGUGGCAAACGUCUCACCCAUAUGUUCUUGCAGACAGAAUGGAAGAGUUGACAAACCCAGAAGAUGUUCGAAUCAAUCCCAAAUGUGACAGGAAGAUAUCACUUUAUGGAUACUUGAGAGGAGCACACCUUAAAAACAAAAGUCAAAUUCAUAUGCCAGGUGUAGGAGACUUUACUGUGAGUGACGUGAGUUUCCUACCAGACCCCUGUGCUCUGCCUGAACAGCAGAAGAAGCGUUCUUUAAAUGAGAAAGAGAAACUGGUUUAUGCCCCUCUUUCAGGAGUUGGGGGCAUUGUAUAUGAUAAAGAUGCCGUUUAUAUUGACCUUGGUGGAAGCCAUGCUCAUGAAAAAGAAGAGGAGGAAGUGAGACCAAAUCACGAACUAGUUCAGAGCCUCAUCUCCACGCAUUCAGCCAUUGAUGUUAAGAUGGCAUCAAGCAAAGUCUCUCUCUUCAUGGAUUCUAGACCCUUAGGUUCAGAAGAUGUAGGACAAGAGUUUGUGAUGCCUGAUUUGAAGACUGGAAGAGUACGUCGUAAGGCAAUAUUUGAAGAAGAGGAGAAGGAAAAUGAUGAUGUGGUAAGUGAUGACGAAGAAGAAGCAGCAGCAAUGUCUGAGGAUGGAAGUGAUGGUGAUGAUGAAGACGAUGCUGAGGAAGAAAGUGACAGAGAGCUGUUAGGGGAAAAGGUGGCUGUUGGGAGAGCCAAACGUCUGAAAACAGAGCUGGUUAAAGAAGAACCUGUGAAUGAGCUGCCAGCAUUUGCAGACAGCGAUGAUGAUCUUGAGAUGAGUUCUGAAGGAGAAGAAGGAAAAACUGCCCCCGAAGAGAAUGAGAUGGAGGAAGAUGAUGAUGAGGAGGAGGAGGAAGAGGAGGAGGAAGAGGAUGAGCAAAGGACUUACGAAAAUGAAAGCUCAGAUAGUGAAUUAGAGGCUGCAAGCAAAAGAGUAGCUGAAUCUAAGCAGUAUGAAAUAAAUAGUGAAGGUACAGAAAUGAGACCACGAAUCUCCGAUCACAGACUGAAAAGAAAAGCGGUGCUCGCUACAGAUUCUGGAAACUGCACAGCAGAAGAGGCAUCAGAAUCUGAUGUUGAAAACUUUUCCCUCAAUGAGGGUGAUGAUGAAGAAGGAUCACAUGAUGAAUUAGAAGUUGAAGAGUCAAGCAGGAAGGGAUUUCCACGCACUCAAGCAAAGAAAGCUGAUGGCAUUAGCCAGGCUAAACUUAAAGCUAUAGAAGAUGAGGAUGAUGAUGUGGAGAAUCUACUGAAAGAGGAAGAGGAGUAUGAAGAAAAAAUAGAUUUUUCUGCUGACACGACAGGUGCACUUAAGUGGAAAGAGGACCUUACACAGAAGGCGGCUCAGGCCUUUCUAAGACAGCAACGUUCAACCCCCAAUCUUCGUAAACUCGUAUAUGGAACAGCUGCUGAGGAUGAGGACCGCGAGAGUGAGGAUGCAGGUGACGAACUUGGAGGUUUGUUUCGUGUCAGCCGUCCAGACAAAGCAUCCAAACAGAAGGCUAAUGCUCUUGACUGCUCCAAAUUUCUCAUAGAAAAACCUCAAGAUUGGAAUUUAGAAGAGGUUAUGAGCAGUAUUCGCGACUGCUUUGUCACUGGAAAGUGGGAAGAUGAUAAAGAUGCAGCAAAGUUGUUGGAGGAAGAUGAAGAACUGUAUGGAGAUUUUGAAGAUCUUGAAACCGGUGUUGUGCACAAAGGAAAGCGUGCUGCUGAAGGAGAUGAGCUUAAUCGAGCGGAAUUUGAAGAUCAAGAUGAUGAGACCAGAGUACAGUAUGAGGGCUUCCGGCCUGGAAUGUAUGUUCGAAUUGAGAUUGAGAAUGUCCCAUGUGAAUUUGUCCUGAAUUUUGACCCUCAUUAUCCUAUUAUCCUGGGUGGCUUAGGCAACAGUGAAGGAAACGUCGGAUAUGUCCAGUUGCGCCUGAAGAAGCACCGAUGGUAUAAGAAGAUACUUAAGACACGUGAUCCUUUAAUCCUCUCAUUAGGGUGGAGGAGAUUUCAGACUAUCCCCAUGUUCUACAUUGAAGAUCACAAUGGGCGUCAUAGGCUUCUGAAGUACACACCACAACAUAUGCAUUGUGGAGCAACUUUUUGGGGGCCCAUCACUCCUCAGGGUACAGGUUUUUUGGCAGUUCAGUCUGUCAGUGGCACAACGCCUGAUUUCCGGAUUGCUGCGACAGGAGUUGUGCUUGAUUUAGAUAAAUCCAUAACUAUUGUAAAGAAAUUAAAGCUAACUGGUUUUCCAUUCAAAAUUUUUAAGAACACUUGUUUUAUUAAGGGAAUGUUUAACUCUCAGUUGGAAGUGGCUAAAUUUGAAGGUGCAGCGAUUCGUACUGUGAGUGGUAUCCGAGGACAGAUCAAAAAGGCCCUUCGAGCUCCAGUAGGUGCUUUCAGAGCAACAUUUGAAGACAAGUUGCUGAUGAGUGAUAUCGUCUUUGUGAGGACUUGGUAUCCUGUUUCUAUCCCAACAUUUUAUAACCCAGUAACAUCCUUGCUGAAGCCAGCAGGUGAGAAAGAUAGUUGGAGUGGAAUGAAGACAACAGGCCAGCUGAGGCAUGAGCGAGGCAUCAAACUGAAACAAAACAAAGAUUCUCUCUAUAAGCCUAUUGUGAGGGAGAAAAGGCAUUUCAACAAGCUCCACAUUCCCAAAGCACUGCAGAAGGCAUUGCCUUUUAAGAACAAGCCUAAGAAUCUUGAGAAGAAAGGCAAGACUCCAAAAGACCAGUGGAGACCAGCUGUUAUCAGGGAGCCUCAUGAAAAGAAGAUAUCGGCCCUACUCAGUGCUCUGAGUACAGUGAAUAACUACAAGAUAAGGAAAGCCAAAGUAAAACAUCGGGAACAGCUUAAAGAAUAUCUCAAAGUUAAGCAGAAGGAGGAUGAGCAGAAAUUCAAGAGGCAAAAGGAAGCUAAGAAAAAAAUCUAUCGUAUACUGGGACAGAGGGAGAAAAAGAGGCAGAUGUCAAGCUUGAAAGGAUCUAGCAAGGGAGAGAAGAGUAUGUAAAACUUCAUCAGGUUUCAGGCCACAUGAGGAAAUAGGGUAGCUGUGCAAUUUUCUGUUCAAGAAACAAAAAGGCCUUGGACUACACUAGAUGUGCUUUCAAGAGAAGAAAAAAAUGCAAACAUGACCUUAUUCAUGCUCUUGAAUACAUUUGGCGCUGUAUAUAAAUAAGAUGUAGAAGUAUGGAUUAUGGUUUUUCUACAUGAUAUUCUGGAGGACUUUGUAUUUCAAUAUAUUUCUAUCCAUACUGCACAUUCUCUCUAGCUAAUAAAGUAUUUUAAUGUCAGUUACAGAA